AUGGAUGUUUCACCAUUUGAGCUAAAUUACAGGUAUUCAAGGAAUUUAUACGAGUUAUGUACAAGUGAGAAGGAAUAUAUAGGUAGUAAUAAUAAUAAAGAAACUUCAGAAGAUUUAGUAUUUGAUUCAUUUAGUAAUAUUUCUGACUCAUUAAAAGCAUUUGAUAGACAUCAGGUAAAUGGCAUAUUAUUACAUAACAACAUGGAUGUAGACCGUAUGUCAGAUGUGAGUUUAUAUAGUUGUAGAUUGUCUGAAUUAGGAGAAGAAUUAUACGAUUACGAAUGUCAGUUAAAUGAAGAAGAAAUAGAUGUAAUGAUCAAUUCUUUAAAGCCUAUACCAUCGAAGAGUGAUCUUCUAAAUAUAUGGAGACUUGUAUGCAGGUACGAGAAUUAUAAAUUCCUUGAACUUAUAAAUCAUUUUUUUUCUUUAUAUUGUAGUAUAAAACACAAAUAUCAUGUAAAAAAAGGAAGUUUUAGAAAAAAUAUAUGGGAAAAUUAUAAUAAUGUUAUUAAAGAACUACCGUGCACUGAGGCAUACUAUAAUGAACGUCUUAAUAAUUACAUUAAUGAGAAAUCAUUGACAAGAGAAGAGUAUAAGGCUUUUGUUGAAGAGUAUAGAAAUGUGGUUAAGGAAUUAAGAGAAGAUUUAUUUAGUAGGUGUCAAAUAGAAGUAGCUCAAGUUAUGGAAUUACCACAGUGGAAGUUAGCGUGA